GUUUGCCUCGGCACACUUGACUGUGCCCGUUUGACUGUGUUUCCUCCGGAGGCGAGGCUGGGCUCCGGAGCUCUGCAGGCACGACCCCCCGUGCGAGGGGCCGUCAGGUUCUCGGACAAAAGCGAGCCGGCAGCGCGCACGGAGGCUGGUUUCCCAAAACCAAUCUACGUUCCAUUCCUCAUUGUUGGAUCCAUAUUUAUUGCCUUCAUUAUCGUGGGCUCUCUGGUAGCGGUUUAUUGUUGCACGUGUUUAAGACCUAAGCAACCGUCGCAGGCAAUACGAUUUUCUCUGCGGAGCUAUCAGACCGAGACCCUUCCCAUGAUCCUGGCCUCCACAAGCUUCAGGUCGCCGUCGAGGCAGUCCAGUACCGCGACAAGUUCCAGUUCGACCGGCGGCUCAGUUCGCAGGUUCUCCUUUCCCCGGGCAGAGCCAGGGUGCCUUGUGGCAUCGCCACCUCCACCGUACACAUCUGGCUGCUUCCAGACAGCCCAUGCAGUCCACCUGGCGCAGCCAUCGGGAUUUCUGGUGUCGCCGCCGUACUUUGGGUAUCCUCUCCAGCCAGAGCCUGCCUUGGCUGGGAAGAGCUGCUCCGAUUUUAGUCAGAGCUGA